AUGGAAUGCAUGUUUGCCAACUUGGGCAGACCCACGGUCGAGUGCCUUAUAGCUGCCGUACUACUGCACGCGCAGCACCUGCGUCUCGGCGACCAUGCCAGAGCGCUUCUCGUGUCAGGCCUGGUGGCGCGGCACGUCCAGACUCUGCAACUCAACGUCGAACACGACGACGAUGUGCUGUGCGAAGGGCCUGGUGCCAUCCCAUGGGCCGUCAAGGAGAGUCGCCGGCGGCUGUUCUGGGCGUGCUAUCUGCAGGAUGUCUUUAUCGAGUGCGGCAUCGCCCAGCUGCGCUUCAUAUCCCCCGAUAACUUCCGAGUUACUAUAUUGUACCCAUCAACUGGGAAGGGCUUAGGCCUCGUUACCUAUACCUAG